UUUUUAACCCAGAAUCUUGUCAAUUUUGUUCUUUUAUUGGGUAUACAGUACAUUCCUGUAGUCACAUUAAUAGAUCUUCUGUCAGUGUGUAAACUUAGAAGGAUCUGUUACUUCUCUUUCAUGCAGGGUGUUUCGAGGGCAUUAGUUGAAAAUGCACGAACCUUAAGAUUGCCUACUUAUUUGCAUGAAAGAUUAAGUUUAAUCCGUAAUGCAAAGACGAAACAUGAAGAGGAAGGAAUUGCUCCACCGAUUGAUAGAAUUGCGGCAUGCCUGAACAUGUCCCAAACAAAAGUCAGGAAUGCAACAGAGGCAAUUAGUAAGGUCUUCUCUCUUGAUAGGGAAGCAUUCCCCUCUUUAAAUGGCCUUCCAGGAGAAACACUUCGUAGUUACUUUGCAGAUAAUCACCUCGAGAACAAUCGAUGGCAUGGAGUAGAUGAGUGGGCACUCAAGCUAGUAAGGAUAGGAUUGUCCAGGGAUAGAGUUAGGCAUAUCGGACUUGUUGCACUAGAGAAACUAAAACAUGCUGCAAGGAAGAGGAGACUGGAGGCCAUGCUGAUGAAUCAUUGACUUUGGUAGUGGACAACAUAGAAAUUGCAUGUAAAUAUCAAGGAAGAGAAGUUGAUUCUCCAUUUUAUUUUUCUUAUCAGGAAUUAAGCAAGUGUAUACAUACAUGGUUAUGUAACAGAUUUUAUCCUUUAAUUUUAUGUUGGAAGUGUCAAACACACCUUGUGAUCGAGAGCUUCUAACAUGUGUCACAGCAAUCACUCUCUAAUGUAUUCUAUUAUUGCCAAAGAUUCGCAGUUGUGAAUCUAUCUAUAUCUUUUUCUACAAACUUCAAAACCA